AAGGCACUUGUUCUUUAAAAGGUUGGCUUCUCCUGACUGAGAGAACACUUAACCAAACUCCCGAAGCACUUUGCCUGUAGUCGAUAACAGUUUCAUGGAAAUGGAGGAUCAAAUGGAAAGCCAGAAGAGCAGAGGAGUGAGCAAAGAAAACCUGAUAUCUGAACGCACAGGAUCUUUGGGGUGUUGCGGCUGGAUUAUUGUCAUCAUUUCUGGCUUGUUCACCACUUUACUCUUCCCUUUCACCAUUUGGUUUUGCAUAAAGAUUGUUCAAGAAUAUGAGCGAGCGGUAAUCUUCAGGCUGGGUCGUGUCAUAGACAGAAAGGCCAAAGGACCAGGCAUUUUUGGCGUUCUUCCAUGCACUGAUAGCUUGGUAAGAGUUGACUUGAGAACAGUUUCAUUUGACAUCCCACCACAGGAGAUCUUGACAAAGGACUCUGUGACAGUCAGUGUGGAUGGAGUGGUGUACUUCCGUGUUAGUGAUCCGAUUGCCUCCGUGGUGAAUGUGUCCAAUGCAGACUUCGCCACCCGUCUCCUGGCUCAGACCACCCUCAGAAAUGUCCUUGGCACCAAGAACCUGGCCGAGUUGCUGUCUGACAGAGAGGGCAUCGCACAUAGCAUGCAGAGCAAUCUGGAUGAAGCCACAGACCACUGGGGCAUCAAAGUUGAGCGCGUGGAGAUAAAGGAUGUGAAGCUGCCCCUUCAGCUGCAGAGAGCCAUGGCUGCUGAGGCAGAAGCUGCCAGAGAGGCCCGAGCUAAGGUGAUAGCAGCAGAGGGAGAGAUGAAUGCAUCGCGUGCUCUUAAAGAGGCGUCUUUGGUCAUUGCUGAGUCUCCGUCUGCGCUGCAGCUGCGCUACCUCCAGACCCUCAACACCAUUGCAGCCGAGAAGAACUCCACCAUCAUCUUCCCUCUGCCCAUGGACGUCAUGUCGCACUUUAUGAGGAAGUGAAGAUAUGGACAAAAAUAUGCUAUUCAGCAGAAGUACUCUUAAAAUGUACUCAUGCCUGGUUAUAAAAAAAAAUAAAACAAGUCACAAUGUAACUCAAACUCAAAAUGUAAACUGCCAUAUCAUAUGCAUUAAAGUAUUAUAGCAGUGUAAAAUGUAUAUUCUCAGCAUGUUACUAUACAGGCUUAAAGGAACCAGAACUUUGUCUUCUUUCCAAUUGUUUAUUAUUACAGUGUUCUUCCUGAACACGAAUAAAGCAUCAACACACUUUGUACUCAUUA